AUGCGUGCGACACAUUCAACUUCGACGACAUUUUCCCCACCUAUGGCUAAUAGCUCUUCAAAAUCCGUUCAGUGUGCUUCUCCACGCAAGCGCAAGCUCAGUGAGUCCACAGUCAAUUCCCCAGUGUCGUUCAAUGAAGCUUUUGGCUGCAGCCCGACAGAGCGAGUAAUUUCACCAAAGAAGAAGGUAAAACCUGAAGAAUACGCUAUUAACGGAUCAAACAAAUGGGAGAAUUACACUGCUGCCAACAUCGCGUACGCGCUGGAUUGCUUGAAUGCCGACAAUAAUUACAAUAGCUUCAGCGGCAUUGAAGUCGAGCCUAUUGCAUUUCAAGAAACACAAGAUGGCGACCUUACCACGGAUGAGCUUCAGAUACUGCAGUAUUUUCUCGCUUGA